AUGGAUUUCUUUUGGGGAAGAUCGGAAAACAAUAAAAGAACAUGUUGGGUCGCUUGGGAUAAUAUUACUAAGGAUAAAGAAGAUGGUGGCUUGGGUCUAUGUCCUCUAAAGAUUGCUAACAUCGCUUUGUUAAGGAAAUGGUGGUGGAAAUAUAGAGCACAAGAGCAUGAUCUCUGGCGAAGGUUUAUAGAUGCAAUCCACAUGACUCCAAGAACAUGGCCAUCAGUCCCUUAUAAUAAACAAAUAACAGGAACAUGGGGUUGCAUAGCUCAACUGGAAAAUUAUAUAAUCGCCACGAAUACCGAGUUAGGUAAAGUUAUAAAGGGUAAGGUGGGAGAUGGAAAGAAAGAUAAAGGCUGCAAGGUGAUGGAUAGGUGUAUUCGCAUGGGGCAAAUUUUGAGUUUUGAUUGGAAGUGGAAAGGACAACCGGGGUCGGGGGACAUGCUAUCAGAAUUUAUGAACCUUCUAUCGUUAUUGAGUAAUUAUCAUUUUGAUUCUAGAGAAGACCAGUGGGCCUGGAAUAUAAACGGUGCUACUGAAUUUUCAGUUUCGAUGGUGAAAAAGGAGCUUAUGAAAGAGGAUAAUAACAGUUCGGGCAGCGGAUUCGAGUGGAACUUAUGGGCGCCGAUUAAAGUGAAUUUAUUCGUCUGGAGGUUACUUCUUGAUAGGAUUUCUACGGCUUAUAAUCUAUACAAAAGGGGUAUUAUCCAUCAGAUGGUGGAUUGUAAGUUAUGUGGCGACUCCCCAGAGACUACGGACCAUAUGGUUACUUCAUGCUAUAUUGCAAGUGUGGUUUGGCAACGGGUCGGGGCAUGGUGUAAACUCCCCCCGAUAUUUCUAUUCUCGACCAAGGAUGUUAUGGAAAUCCACACACAAGCUGGUGGCACGGACCAGAGAAAGAAGACGAUAAACGUCAUAUUGAUGGUUUCGCUAUGGAGCAUAUGGAAAGCUAGGAACAAAGCAAUUUUUGAAGAUGAGCAAGUGGAGCCGGGGAAGAUUACAGGUGAAAUGAAGUCCCUCAGUAUUUUGUGGGUCAAGUAUCGUUCUAAAAUUUGUAAUUUAGAUUGGAUCCGUUGGUUGAAUUUUGAUUUGUAA